AGUAGGCACGAAUCAAUCAGCACAACGUCUGAUGAAUACGACUUGCCUGAUUGGAAGGAAAAUAGAACGAAGGUUCGGAAAAGAAAAUUAAGUCCAUUACCUUGUAGUUCAAAUACAAAGUCAAGCAGUACAAAUGCUUAUAACUUGGAAGAUGGACCAGGUUGCAGUUACAGUUCAAGUUAUGAACCAUUUUCUACCGAAAGAAAAAUCAAGAGGGUCAAUGAAAUUUUGCAAUAUUUGACAUCCAGUAUACAAGAGAACCCUGAUGAAAAAACAGAAGCGAAGUUAAGCACAUGCGCUGCCAGUGCCAAAAUUACCAAGACAAAAAGAUCGAAGAGUGGCAGGAAGUUGAGAAAUUGUCCACAUUGUCCAAUGACGUUUUAUAAUGUCACUACACAUUUUGCCAAUCACCAUAAGCUUAAGUCGAAGAGUUUUUUAUUGUAUGAUAGUAAGUUAAAAGCAGAGAAGAAGGGGCAGUAUGAAAACUAUAAAGGUUUCAUAUGUAGCAUUUGCCAAUUCACUGUGAAAUCAUUGAAGCAGCAUUGUCUUAAAAGGCUCCCAGAUAUUGAUGUGAAAAGUGAGACCUUUAAAAAAAUGAAAGAAAGUUGUGAUACAGAAGCUCUUAAAUACAACUCCAUCCUUGAUGAUUAUGAAGCAAAACUGCAAACAAUGGGUGUUGGGAAACGAAAUCCUGUGACUGCAGGUAAGUCAAAAACAUACAGAAAGCAGGUAGAGAUCAUGAUACCUGAUAAGGAAGAUAUAGAGAAUCCUGAGGGUGUUUACCAGAGGCUUGAACAGAAUCUGACAGGCAGUGGUAAAGAUGGGACAAAGUAUGCUUACUUAGCCACAUUAAAACAUUUUCUACAAUUUGUAGAUGUGGAAGACUCCAGUUUUCUUAUGGAAUCUGUAAGAAAAUUAAUAAAAUAUGUGGAAUCAUGGUUAAUGCGUCAGCGUUCCAAAAAAGAGAAACGUCAACAGUUUGUUAAGCAAUUGAGCGGGAAAAAACUUUCUGGGCUUCCUCUACCAUUCAAAGCAGUUCAGGAAUAUGAAAAAAUACAUUCAUAA